CGCCUCCGCCCUCUCUCAAACCCUAGCAUCCGCCUCCGCCUCCGCCUCCCCCUCCCCGUCGCGAGCGCCUCCGCCGCCGCCACCGCCGCCGCCGCGUCCCCCGUCCCCGUCCCCAUCCCCAUCCUCCGUCCAGGUCGCGCCACCCCGUCCGCCGGCGCGUCGUACGCCUCCACCAGCUGCCGGUCCUCCGCCUCCCGGUCAAGAUCCGGCACCGCGCCGCCUUCCUCCGUCGCCUCCGCCUCCCGUCUGAGAUCCGCAGCCCCUUCUCUGCACGUCGGUUUCUGCGCUGCCGCCAAGAAGGAUAUCCUGUCAUCCGUCACCAUGAAUAGCAUCAGAACCGUCGCUAGCCUCGAUGAGGUCAACGGUGUCCUGCAAGAGAUGGGCAUCAAUGCGAUUGGUCAAGCACAUCAAGUUCAAUUUUGCUUGCAUGAGCAGACAUCCCUUAAAGAAGCAACAGAAAUAAAGGUGAUUACUCGACCUGGAAGGCAUGGCUUUAAAUUGGUUAACCCUGAGUUGUUGAAUUGUAAGUUUAAAGCCAAGGUCAAGCUAGAUGUGUGCUACAAGACCAUGUUCAACGCAUGCAUGGUGCAAUGUGAUCAGGAGCUAUUACCACUGGAAGCCCGCAUUGCGCAGCUGAAGAACCUCAUUCUUUCCACAGACGACCAGAUCCCACAUAGGGGACCCGAAGUUGAUCAAAGGAAUCGUGGAGUGCAACUCAUGCUCUACCCGGAACCCCCCAACGAUCCUGAUUAUGAGUUCGGUAGUGCAAACCAACGAGUCCCAUAUCAAGCAGCAUACGCAAAUGAUGCACAGAGAAAUGCCGCAGUUGCUCGUGACAAGCGUGCUCAGAGGGCAGUUUGGAAUACUAAUCUCCGUCUUUUGGAGGUGAAGAAAUCCGUCCUGGAGAAGAAGAAGAUUGAAUUGGAGAGAGUUCUGAGGGAAGAGUUCGACAAAAUGAUUGAGGAGCAAUCUGACCUGGGGGUCGGAUAUGCGAACUACCAGUUUCCUCAUCUGGCAUAGGUUUUCAAAGAGCAUGAAACGGAGAAUCUUUUGGAAGUGCUGAAUGCUCGUUAAUGGUAGGCUCAGGCUGAAUGUAUCAGCAUAUUGUAGUAGCUUAUCAUGUCACUGUUUUGUCUCACUGUUUGUAAUCUAAGUGAGUAGUCAUAUCUGUUGCUGUUUUAAAUCUCAGAUCUCAGUAGAUGGUGCCAUCUGUGUUUGGUGCUGAAGAGGAAAAGGAUAUUAUAACAAGUAUCUUGCUUUCUGUUUAAUGAUGCAUCCGGAUCUGUUAGUUCGUUUAC